UUUUGAUCGUAAUCGAUCAUGUUUUGAAGCCAUACUUUAUUAUUAUCAAUCACAUGGUCGAUUAAGACGACCAAACUUUGUUCCAAUUGAUAUGUUUCUCGAAGAAGUAAAUUUUUUUCAAUUAGGCCAAGAAGCUCUUAAUCAAAUACGAAAAGAUGAAAAUAUUACAGAGUUGAAAAAAGUACGUUUACCAAAAAAUCGUUUUCGAAGACAUUUAUGGGCAACUAUAGAAUAUCCUGACUAUUCAGUUACGGCUAAAAUUGUCAAUAUUUUAUCAUUACUAAUGAUUCUUAUUUCGACUAUUGCUCUUGCUGUUGAAUCAUUACCACAAUAUAUAAAUUCUGAUGAUUUGGUUUGUUACAAUUCGUCAGUUAAUGGUUCAAGUAAUGCAAAUGAAACAGUACAAGUUUCGAACGAAAGCGAAAAUAUCUGCACUAAUUAUCUUACGUCACCCUUUUUUAUUAUUCAAACUAUAUGUGUGGUAUUUUUUACAGUUGAACUUAUUCUUCGCAUAAUAAGUGCACCAUCAUUUGUUGAUUUUGUCAAAAAUAUAAUGAAUUGGAUUGAUAUCGCAGUUAUUGUACCAUAUUAUAUAACACUUGGUAUUUAUUUAGCUGAUCGAAAUAAUCAAAUCAAUACGGCAACAGCUGAUGGUCUUCGUUUUUUACGUAUUCUUCGUUUUACACGUGUUCUUAAGUUUUAUCGUGUAUUUCGAAAUGUGAAAUCUUUACGUGCCCUUGUAGCAACAAUUCGCGAAUCGCUACCAGAUUUUUUUAUUAUGAUUAAUAUUUUAACAUUAUUGAGUUUUCUCUUUGGUGCUGCCGCUUAUUUUGCUGAAAAUGAUGCAAAUGGUCAAGCAUUCGAUUCUAUACCUAAAGCAACUUAUUGGGGAAUUAUUACAAUUGCAAGUGUUGGAUAUGGUGAUAUAGCACCUAUCACACCAGCUGGACGAGCAAUAGCAUGUUUAUGUGGAUUAUGUGGUGCUACAACAAUUGGUAUGCUUGUAUCAGUCCUUGUUGAUCGAUAUCAACGUGUUUUUGCUCGAAAACUAUAUAUAAAUGAAGAUAUAGUAGAUUUUCAUGAUUUUUCUGAUGAUGAAAAUAAUGAUGCAGAUUCUAGAGGUGGUUCAUUUUUAUUUCAUCGACGUUCUAGUGCGAAAGAAAUUGCAAAUCCUGAUACAAGAGCAAAAUUUAAUUCUGAACUUGAGAAGAAUGAUAAGCAUACAAAAUCCAGAAACAACAUUUCAUCAAGAUCGGAUAUAGAAGUUAUCAAUGAAAAUCCAUUGAAUCAACAUAAUAGUGGUGUUGAUUUUAUUAUUGGUUAUGCUGAUAAUGAGAAACAUAGAAAUUCACUCGAUUUAUUAAAAACAAUAAGUUCUGUUGUUGCUCAAAAACAAUCUUCAGGUAAUAAUAUAGAAUUAAGUAGUAUAUCUAAGGGAAAACAACAAUCAAGUCCACAUACGGUUAAAUUUGGUAUUUCCUUCUCGUCUAAUGAAGAUACAGAUGAUGAUGAUGAUGAUGAUGAUGGUGAUGAUGAUGAUGGUGAUGAUGAUGAUAACGAAGAAUUAACUGAAAUUGUUGCUGGUCGUGGAAAAAGAGGAAAUGUACUAAGAAAAUUUGGAUGUCCAGCAUCACCAAAAAUUGAAAAACAAUUAAAUGACGCUGCAAACCAUGUAUAA